CUUUUUGAUUCGAAAAAAAUGUUUUGAUAUUUAUAUUGAGCUUUAAAUCAAUCUUACGUGUCGCUUCUAAUUUUUUCUUGACAAAAUUCAUGACUGAAAUAUGUUUUCUGAUUUCGUGGUUUCAGUUGUUGGCCUGGCUUGGCGCCCAUUUCUGUCUGUGUUUUUGUCCGCUUCAACUCUUCGCUCUCAGUCCGACUUGAUUCUGACGGCUUGCCUGGCUCCGUUCGUGACCGAAUCCGCCUCAUUCCCGUCUACGCCAUCCCACCCCGCCCGUGUCUCGAUCGACUCGCCAUGGCCAGUUCGCAAGGCUCGCAACCGGGGGGCGGCGCCCAGUCCAGCUACACCUCGGCCAAGAAGCCCAAUUACGAGGCCGAGCAGAACCAACUCAAGGCGUUUCUGGCCGAGUUCCACACGGUGGACGAGGCCGGCCAGAAGACGUUCGUGUACGCCCGCCAAUUGGUGGCCAUCGCCCACCGCGAGCAGACCUCGCUCCAGAUCGACCUGGACCAUUUGGCCGACUUCGACCCGGAUCUGGCCCAGGCCGUGCGGAAUAACACCCGUCGAUAUGUGCUCCUGGCCUCCGAGGUCAUCUGGGCCUUGUUGCCCGACUACAAAGAGCACGAACCGCCGGCCCGGGAUGCCUUGGACGUGUAUAUCUCGCAUCGAUUACUGAUGGAUCAACGGCAAGUGGCUCAAGGUGGGCCGGGGGCGGGGCUGGGUGCCCCUCCGGCCCGUCGGGCUCAACACGCCUUCCCGCCCGAGUUGAUGCGACGCUAUGAGGUCACGUUUAAGAAUGGGUCCCAAGAAAAGGCCACGCCCAUUCGCCAAGUCAAGGCGGAAUGUAUCGGGAAAUUGGUCACGGUCAAGGGCGUGGUGACGCGGGCCACCGAGGUCAAGCCCAUGAUGCAGGUGGCCACCUAUACUUGUGAUCAAUGCGGCGCUGAGACCUACCAGCCCAUUGGGGCCACGGCCUUUAUGCCCUUGAUUAUGUGUCCCGCUGAGGAUUGUCGGGUUAAUAAAUCCGGGGGACGGUUGUACUUGCAAACCCGGGGCAGCAAAUUCAUCAAGUUUCAAGAGCUCAAGAUCCAGGAGCAUUCGGAUGCCGUGCCCGUGGGCCACAUUCCCCGGUCAAUCACCAUCUACUGUCGCGGUGAGGCCACCCGACAAUGCGUCCCCGGUAACCACGUGGCCGUGGACGGUGUGUUCCUGCCCAUCGCCAAAACCGGCUUCCGCGCUUUGAGUGCCGGUUUGGUGGCGGACACUUACUUGGAAGCCCAUCGAGUGGUGGAGAUCAAUAAGACUGAAGAUGAAGAGAUGGGCGAGAAAGAGCUCUCACCUGAGGAACUGCGAGCCCUUCAGGAGGAUAACUUUUAUGAGAAGUUGGCCAAUUCCAUUGCCCCCGAGAUUUAUGGUCACGAGGAUAUCAAGAAGGCUCUACUUCUGCUCUUGGUGGGUGGCGUAGAUCGGAAUCCGUCCGGCCUCAAGAUCCGAGGCAACAUCAAUAUCUGUCUCAUGGGCGACCCCGGUGUAGCCAAAUCCCAACUCUUGUCCUACAUGGAUCGAUUAGCGCCUCGAUCUCAGUACACCACGGGUCGAGGCUCGUCCGGUGUGGGAUUGACGGCCGCCGUUAUGAAGGAUAACCUAACGGGCGAAAUGAUGCUCGAAGGUGGUGCGCUGGUAUUGGCCGACCAAGGCAUUUGCUGUAUCGACGAGUUCGAUAAGAUGGCUGAUCAAGAUCGGACGGCCAUCCACGAGGUCAUGGAACAACAGACCAUCUCGAUCUCUAAGGCCGGGAUCAACACCACCCUGAAUGCUCGAGUGUCCAUUUUAGCCGCGGCCAAUCCUGCUUAUGGACGAUAUAAUUUCAAGAAGUCCGUCACCCAGAACAUCCAACUCCCCGCGGCCCUUUUGUCAAGAUUUGAUCUUCUCUGGUUGAUCACGGAUAAGGUGGAUCGUGAAAACGAUCUUCGAUUGGCCAAGCACAUCACCUACGUGCACAAGAACAAUGCCCAACCGCCCUCUCAGUACGAGCAUUUGGACAUGAAACUCAUGCGACGAUACAUUGCCCUGUGCAAGAAGCAGAACCCUGUCAUUCCCGAGGAGCUCACCGACUACAUUGUGGGCGCUUAUUGCGAGAUGAGGAAAGAUGCUCGUAACAACAAGGACAUGACCUUCACGUCCGCCAGAACUCUCUUGGGCAUUUUACGAUUGUCAACGGCUUUGGCACGGCUGAGAAUCGUGGACACCGUGGAGAAAGAGGAUGUCAAUGAGGCCAUGAGAUUGAUGGAAAUGUCCAAGGACUCCUUGAAUACCCAGAAAGAUGAGACCAAUCGACCCCAAGAUGUUUCUGAUCGCAUUUUCGCUCUCAUCCGUGAAAUGGCAGGCGAACAGAAGUCCUUGAAAAUGGCCACCAUCAAGGAAAGAUGCAUGAACCGAGGCUUCAAACCGGAUCAGAUUGAAGACGCCAUCGACCAGUAUGAAGAACUCAAUGUUCUCUCCGUGAACCAUAGCAAGACCAAGGUUACUUUCAUUGCUUAACUCGAUAUUUCUUACCCCAUAGAACAUGCUUGUAAAAAUAGUAACGUCUCGACGAUU